AUGCUUGAAAUUGUAGAGUUCAAAUGUGAUAGUAAUAAUACUGCACUCUGUGGUAAAGUAAGAGAUGCAUUUGAAGUUGCCGGCCUAAUGAUUUCAAAAGCGUUCAAAUUCCAUGCUCCAAUCUUAGUAAAUGCUUCAUUUAUUGAUUUUUGCAACAACUUUAACGUAUGUGGAAAAUCUCAAGACGAUGUUCCAAUUGGUGGUGCCAAACCAUCUAGGUACAUCCUGAUGAAAGACGAUGAUCGUAUUGAAAGGCUAUAUCCACAAGCACUCGUAAAACAAUAUAAAGUAAAAACAUGUCCUCAAUUUGCUCCUUAUGAUAUUAAGGCUGAUUUUAAUUCCGCAGCUAAUUGGUGGUUCAAAUCUGAUGGUCAACCAAUUCAAGGGAAACAGAGAGAUUUUAUUGAAAUUAUUCUGCAUGAAUAUUUUCACGGAUUGGGCUUCAGAAGUAAUUGGGAUGAUUGGUCAAAUUCUCAAGCUCUAUACCCAUUACCAACUUUUCGACCGGAUCCACAGAAUUCCAGUUUAUUAAUAUUUGAUGGAUUUAGAGAGACCGUUUUCGAUAAAUACAUAAUACUACUUCCAUGUGGACAACAUAUAUCAAAAUUUAAUGCUCAAUUGAACUUAUUUGCUGGUGGACCUGGCGCAAGGUUUCAAAACCAAUCUGAUUUUGAUUUACAAUUUCGUAAUUCCACUCAAUAUAAUCAAAUUGCAAAGAAAAUGUUUAAUAUUUCUCAAACUGCAAAAUCACUGGGAUUCCUACCUCAUCAUAAGAAAACUAAAAAAUCUAAAAAAUCCAAGAAAAUUGCAAAAAAUGCUGUCAUACUUGAAACUAGUUUAAUACCAUACAUUCGUGGUUCUAGUAUAUCUCACGUGGAUUUUAAAACUUAUGUAAAUACCAGCGAUUUUUUGAUGAGAUAUAGCAAUAAUUGGUUAGAUACUUUGGAUGGAUGUGUGUCUAAAGGUGGAAAUUUCUCUGGUGGACCUAUUGGGCCCCUUUUAAGAUCAAUUAUGGAAACACUUGGAUAUGCAACUGCCCAUUAUCCAAAUCCGUACAAAGCUACUUUUGUUAAUAAUACAAGAG